AGAGCAAUACAUUAUCGAUAUUCUAAAAAUUCCAAAAAUGUCCAAAUUUCGAUACACCUGCUGUUAAUCCUUCCACGGGUAAUGUCAUUAUUUUUUCCCGUCAACUAAAUUUAUUCGUAUGAAUAAUAUGAAAAUGUUUUUGCAUUGGGUCAAGUUUCCAACUUGCGAGAUUUUUCAGUAUCGUUCGAUAGAUCGAUUAUUUCGAUAUGCGCAUUUACGCGCGCAAAUAGUUUGCAGUUGUUUUGUGUCAUUUCUGUGUUUUUAGUUGGAAUUCAAGUGCUCAAGAUAAAAAAUAUUAUGGAUCUACGUUCAACGCGAAUAAUUAUAAGCUACGAGUUUUUCAUAUCGGAAAACAUAACGCCCAAAGCGAUCCGGCCAAGAUUAGGCUUCUUACGAGCAAGAAACUCGACGGAUGAUAAUCGGUGGGGAUGCGAGAACAGGAGUUGACAAUAUACUCUUCUUGAAACCAAUUAAACGUCGAAAAGAAUACCUUUGCACUUCGGCACGUCUGAUUCUCGAGAUUUUGAGCUUCAGGCGUCGAUGAAACGACAGGAAAACUUGGAAAGACCAAAAGGUAAGUGACAAAGAAUUGUUUCCUUUGGUCGCAACACGUACGAACACGGUUAGGCCAGCUUUAGCAGCUGAGGGCGCUGUGAUUGAUCAUCGCUUACAUUUUAUCAGGAUGAGAAACCUAUCUCUCAAAACUUAUCUUUUAGUUUUUAUUUAUUUUUAUUUUAUUUCAAAUUUUAUUUAAUUUUUAAGAUUUACCGAAUUUGUGUAUGCAUUUUUAUUAUUAUUUAACGCUCUCGUAUUACGUAUACUUCUUUUGGGAAAGCAUAAUUAUAGGGGGAGGCACCUCCCACUAUAUGUUUUCCAUAAAAAUUUUUAAAUUUUCAAGUUCCUAAUUUGCUAAAGUUCUAAAUUUAAGAAAUUAAGAAUCAAAAAACUAAAUAAAGGUAGCAAUUCUGACUAAACAGUUUUAUAAAUAACUCUUCGAACAAUGUUGUAAUUUUAACCUCGUAAAAAUUAUUAAAUAAAAUAAAUAAUCACUCUUAUGUUAGAGUGUAGAAAUAAAAUUGAAUAAUGUUACAACGAAAGUGAUAAUCUAGUAACGAAAAGGAAAAUGGGGGGUAACAUAUAGAAGUCCCUAGAUUUAUCCCCACUCUGCUGUAUAUAGUAUUCGAUAGGUGUAUUGCAGAACGCAAUAAAAUUGACAUUUGUCUUUUUGUUCUCACGUGGAUGAGGCAGUUCUCUCCUGAGACAACAUUCAUUUCCUAAUAUAGAAAUCUAGGACACGGUGAACAAAGAAAUAACGUUAUCAUGGUUCGGGUAAUUAGUCAGCAAACCUACGAUGAGGUUGUUAACGAAAAUAUCGAACAAUUUUCGAUGUCUCCCGAGGAAGCUAUCGAAGAUGCCGUAAAACAAUUCGAAGCUCAGGGCAUAGACUUGAGCAACAUCAUUAAAGAUUUAAUCAUUAGCGAUGAUAGUGGUUUAAUAUUAUCUUAUCUGAAUGAAAUUAAUAUGGCAAUCGAGGAUCGGAAUUUUGAUAAUGUUUCUCAUGUGUUAGACAAAUUGAGAAAUGAAUUAGACAAAGAUAUUUCACGUAGAGUAUAUGCAGGAAAAAAUGGAGCAUAUGAUACUUUAAUAAAAUUAAUGAAAACUUGUUCUAAUAAUAGCACUGUAACAAGGUCAGCAUUGAAAACUAUUACUUCAUUGAUGACUGGUAAUCCAGACUUACUAAAUGACGAAGGAAUAGCUUUACAAAUGCUCAUUUUAGACAAGUAUACAGACAUUCCAACAUUGCAAUGCCUUUUACGUUGGAUAAGAGAAUGUUGUAUCAAACAUGAGCUAAACAGGCAAGGUAUUUUUAAUGCCGACAUUUUUAACAAGCUCAAGAAAAUAUUAGUUCAAGAUAAUGCAAGUGCAUCAGAAAUACGUGAUGCUUGUGCCGUGAUUAGAGCUCUGGUAUUAGAUGAUGAUAUUAGACACGAAUAUGGAAAAGCUCAUGAGCAUGCAAAUGUUAUAGCGAAAGGAGCUCUCAGUGUACUUACUAGUUUAAUGCCAAAAUUUAAGAAGGAUAAAGCAAUUGUAGGAGAUUUAAUGAUAACUUUGGCUGCUCUUAUUGUAAGAAAUGAGUUUUGUCAAGAGGUAGAGAAUGCAGGAGGAUUGAAAUUUGUAGUAGAUGUUAUGAUCGAUUACCCAGACUCUGAGAAAUUAAAUUGGCAAGCUUUAAAGUUUCUGAAAGCUCUAGCAGGAAACGACGAUGUGAAGUCUCAGAUUGUAACAUCAGGCUGUGGUCCUUUAAUUGUUUCUGCCAUUAGUAGACUCAAAGGCUCUGAGUGUGUAGUGACAGCUGGACUUGCAUGUAUUUCCGCAUUAACACUAAGGUGUCCCUCAAAUGCUGGUGUGUUUUAUGAUUGUGGAGCAGCGCUUGUAAUAAUAGAUGCAAUGAAAUUUUACCCUAAAAGCGUGAAUGUUUUGAAACAAGCUGCUUGGGCCAUCAGAAAUAUGUCGGUAAGAAACAAGGCUGAGUGUAAUGAAUUUAUUGCUCAUGGCGUAGAAGAUGUCUUGGGAAAUGCCCUACAACAACAUGGCUCGAAAAUUGAGAGCGACGUGAAGGCAGCGUUAAGGGAUCUUGGAUUAAAGGUAGAAUUGAAAGAGAGAUGGACCGGAAAAGGUGGAUCUUUGAACAACCCGGUCGAUUAAUUGCCAUGACGCUCAUUUGAAAAUGUUCCAGACACUUUUAUAUGUUUCGUUUACGACGAAUAAAUUGUCGAAAAAUAAUAACUUAUAUAGUAUUUUUUCCUUUUUGUAGUACAUUGUAAUAUUUAUAUGAAUAUA